CGCGGCGGAGCUGCGGAGUAUCCCCUGCCGCCCUCGCCGAGACCCUGGCCCGGAUUCGCCGCUCCUGGCCCGCCACUGCGUUGGAACUGUCCCCGCCCGGGGAGGGCAACCGGGACCCCCGGGGUCCUUUCGCCGCCAGAGAGAAAUUCCAUCAUCUGUGCAAUCUUCUUGAGGCAAACUAAGACCAGAGGGAGGUUUAUCCUUGACCUUUGAAGGCUGACUACGCUGGAAUUUAAAAUGUUCUUCAGAAAAGAAUGGAGCUCAACUUACACUUUUGUAAUAAUUUGUUUCUUGACACUGAGGCUGGCCGCCAGUCAGAAUUGCUCCACCAAGAGUCUAGAAGAUGUUGUCAUUGACAUCAAGUCAUCUCUUUCUAAGGGAAUCAGAGGCAAUGAGCCCAUAUACACAUUAACUCAGGAAGACUGCAUUAAUUCUUGCUGUUCAACGAAAAGCAUAUCAGGGGACAAGGUGUGUAACUUGAUGAUCUUCGACACUCGAAAAACAGCCAGACAACCCAAUUGCUACCUAUUUUACUGUCCCAGUGAGGAAGCCUGUCCACUGAAACCAGCAAAGGGACUGAUGACUUACAGGAUAAUUAGAGAUUUCCCGUCUUUGGCCCGCACUGAUUUGCCAAGCCAAGAGUUAGCCCAAGAAGGUCCUCUCUUCCGUGGCCGGUCUUCACAAGCAGUCACCCCCACGGCCCCUCCUGUGACAGGUGAUUCGAAGCCCACUGGUGUCGCGUGGAGAGAGGCAUUUUCUCAGAAGUUGGGGUCCUCAGAUCACUCAGAGAAACUACUCAAGAUGGAUCAAGCGGGUCCACCGUUCCCUGUUUAUAAAGAAAAAGGCCGUUCUCAGAGUUCACGAUUUACCUCAGAACAACAAAUAGCUCAUGUGUUGCCUGAAAAUGUGACAGCAUUCCUCACGACAGGGGCCAAGGCUUCCCUCCACGCCAUCUCCGCCACUCCGGAGCCCACGCUCCUCCCCGCCGCCAGUGUGCCAGUGACACCUUCUGUGACUUCCCAACCACAGGAGCCCACCUCAGCUCGACCUGUAGCAAGGCUCACAUCUCAGCCUCCCACAGUCCUCAUUCCUACAAUUUUGACACAUGCUGUGGUGACACCGCAAGCUGGCCUGACCACAACGGCAGCUCCGAUGACCGUCUCUCAGGCACCCACGGCUCUGACGGGCCCACGAGACACGGUGCCCUCUAGAGAAAUGUCCACCCCAACUCUGAACACAGAGGCUGCCCAUAGCCCUGCCACACCACCUUUGUCCGAUGUGGGUUCUUCCACUACGAAUGCCACUGCUUCCCAGGGAAAUGGGAAGGCCAGUCCAGGUGGUUCUUCCCUGAGCAGUGUUCCCCGAAGUCUACACGGCCUUGCCUUUGAAAAGUGGCUCCUCACUGGGACCCUGCUCUUUGGUGUUCUGUUUCUCGCCAUCGGCCUUGUCCUCCUGGGUAGGAUGCUCUCCGAGUCCCUCCGCAGGAAACGUUACUCGAGACUCGAUUAUUUGAUCAAUGGGAUCUAUGUUGACAUCUAAGGACGAAACUCGAUGUCUCUUAAUUCGUAUAGUUCCUAGUGGGCCAAACACAGUGAGUUUCUGCUGACUCGCUGAUCUUAGCAGGAUUUUUUGAAGUAUUUUGAAGACAGGCCAAUGCCCUCUGCCAUUUUCUUUUUGCUUGUUUUUUGAGGAGAAGCGGGGAAAGGAAAUAAAUAGGUAAUUUGAGUGAUCUGUCUCUAAAAUAUUAUCUGAAAACAAGCUCCCCCCAAAGUAAUAAAGUAUAAUUGCCAUAUAAAUUGGAAAAUGACUGGCUUUUUGCAAGGAAAACUGGGUAAGACUUCUAGGCUCCGGUUCGUUAAUAUUUCUGGUUCCAGAUAAAGUCAACUGUUUAUGAUAUUAAUUCUCAUAGAUUUACUUUCCUUUUUAUAUGAAUUCCAAUAAAACUUAUUCCAGAUGUAUUUCCUUCCAAUUAAAUAUUUGAAUAAAUCUUUUGUUACUCAGUAAUGUUCUUGUAAGUGACACAUCCAGCUGGAUAACUUUCAGUUUAUUCCCACCAGCAAAAUGAUUAAAUGGUGAAAAUAUGUGUUCUAAGUUAAAAUGAUAAAAACCCCCCGCCCCCCUUUUCCCAUCAAUGAGCAAAGAGAUUCCUUUGGGAGAAUUCUAGCAGACAAUUAGCCUACAUGGAGUCGAUGAUAAGUCAGUUCUGAUAAAUGGCCAAAUCUACUUGGGGUCUGUUCUGGUUCACUAUUCCCCCGCACCCCCCCGCAAAAGUAAUAAAGGCAUUUUCUAAACUUUA